ACCAUAACAACAAAGAACAAAUCUACUCUUUACAAACAUAUAUACGUAAGCAAACACAAAUAAUUAUUCUCUGUAAUUGUGGAGUAGGUCUCAAGUAAUCUCGUCUUCCCUCUUAGGGGAUUUAAGAAAAAAUCAAUGGAAGUUCAAGAACAAUAUAACCGGAAUGGGCUACCCAAAUUUUCUAUCUUUUUCAUGUUCAUAUUUCUCUUUGGUCUCGUCGCAUUCUUCCUGUGCCUUUCGGCCGAGUUUCAAAAGGCUAAGGGGAAAGAUCUGAAAUGGGAUGGAGAAUCGUGUUAUUUACCCGAAAAUCGUGCUUUCGGGUUAGGAAUUGCUGCUUUGGCCUGUGUUUCUGUUGCUCAGAUCGUCGGAAACGUUGUGAUCUGUAGAGGUUUCUUGAAAACGAACAAAACCGGAACGACACUGUUAUGUAUAAUUCUUCUGUUGUUUUCUUGGGUUAAUUUUGCAGUUGCGGUUACAUUGAUAAGCGUUGGUGCAAGCAUGAACAGAGAGCAGAGAUACGGCAAAGGGUGGCUAAACCGUGAGUGUUACCUUGUGAAAGACGGAGUGUUCUCAGCGUCUGGCGUUCUGUGCGUUACAACGCUGGCCGCUAUUCUUGGAGCGUUUGCUUUUAGAGUAAAACCAUCAUUACAGGUCGACACUCAUGACAAACGUCACACCCAAAAUGUGUAGUAGUUUGAAAAUUAAGUAGAAAGCAAAUAAAUAUUAUCAAAUGGAAAAUGCCAAAUCUUCACAUCAAAUGGAUAUAUUCAUUGCCUU